GCAGACUCUACAUCGUUCCGGCAUAUCGGCGCAUCCUGCCUACAUACCUCGAGACCUAUAGACCAAGGAGUCAAGGGGCACACAGUCCCCGUCGGCCACAUUACCUCGUUGGAAACCCGCUCGUCGCUCAUGCAAUCAAUCAAACGGGUCGCGCUCUCGAGCCCCGAGUCGUCCUACCCGGACGGCAAGAGCCGGUAUGUCAUCUCCCAGAUGUUUACCCAGUUCGGUGGACAUACGGGAGAAGUCAAGUUAUACGAGUAUGACAGAGAGUCAUCCAGCUCGAAAUUGGUCGCCCACGCUACCGACCUCCCGGGCCUAAAGACCAUCGCCUGGUCAAACCACCCUUCUUACGAAUGCCUCCUCGCUUGCGGGACGACCCAGGGAAAGAUCCACAUCGUCGACCUCAACUCGACUACGUUGCAAAACUACCACCCAGGCAACUUUGACGCCUCGCAGAUAAACUCGGCGGAAUCGACCCGCCGUACCUCGUCGACAACGUCUUCGUCAUCGACGAUCCUCGGAACCCUCAACCUCCCGACUAAUCGGGCUUGCAUGCAAGUCGCCUGGUCCGCAGUCGACCCUUCGGUUGUGAUAGGCGGGUUCGACAAGGUGAAACAACAAGCUUCGUUGUGUAUCUGGGAUUUGGAGGUUUCUUUGCAGGGGGGAGGGUUUGAUGUCGGAAACGGUGCCGCAGGGAGAGGUAGAAACGCAGGUCCAGCCGGUCCUGGGUUUGUUAAUGGGACCAGGGCAGGAAACGUGGAGAAACUCCGACCUUACCCGUUUACCGAGGAAGAUCACCGGAGACCCAAUAUCGACUACCUCAAUCCCGAUUCCCACGCAAACACGUCGGACGGGUCGAGGAGAAGACCCUUGCAACAAUACUUGCCUGGAGAGUGCGUCAAUUCCGUAUCCACGUUUACGCAUACCAACACGCUUGUUCUCGCCGGAACCAGUUCGAAGGCUAUCAAAUGUGUCGAUCUAAGGGUACCGGGUGUGUCUGCGGAAGGUGCGAAUACAGGGGGACAGAACUCAAAUCCCGGCGAAUCGACAGGGUUGGGGAACCUAGCCUUUUCACUUCCCACCCGGGCCAUCUACAACCUCUGUACUUCGACGCUCUACCCGCACUUGUUUGCUUCGUGUGAAGAUGGACUUUCUGGAGCGGUCAAGAUCUGGGACACGAGGUUCUUGAGGUCUGGGACCGAUCAUCCCGGGUUGUUCAACUUUGACAUCAACAAUAACAACAACAAUAAUAGCCUUCUCAGCGACCCCUGUUCGUACGAUUCCGGACGAGGAGGUGUCGUAGCGCUUAGGUGGGAUCAGAGGGAAUCUGGGCGGGGUGGACAGCGAUUGGGAAUAGGGACCAAGGAGGGCGGGGUGAUUUUGUAUGACGUCUUGAGUGGGGAGACGGUCGAUACCACGAAAGACGACGGGGAGGGGGAAGGUGCAGGUGCAGGGAGUGAGUUUGGGAGGACGGGUUCGAGAAGGGGAGGAAGGUCGGGUGGAAUAAAGUGGACGACCCUGGCCGGGGUAAAAAACACGCAAACGACCUCGGACGCGGUUUUGCAGACGUUUGCGUUCUUGCCACCUAGGGAUUCGGGGAGGUCGAGCGUCUUGAGCAUUUUCAGAGACAAUAAGAACACGGUCGAGGAGACUGGGUUGUCACCACUCGUGGCUUCUGGACGGAUGGGGGACGCUUCGGUUGCGUUGAACUCUUCUAUGACCUUGAUCUCGCCUUCGGAACAAGUCCCUAUGUUACCUACCGCUAUCACGCCGCCUUUACCGGGAACCACCUCGAGCUCGGGCGCCACGCCUCCUCUGCCUCGCGGUCGGACGCGCUCUCAACGUGGAUCGCAACGCACGACGCUCAAUGUCCGCAACUUGAGCUUGAACCGGAAUGCUAUGAUGGAUACGAACAUGGUGCCCGAGCAGCCUGUCGUAGAACAGACUCGGACGCGGCCGACCGGGCAAGGAGGUCCAUUGACUUGGCAGAGGACGCCAGAAGGAGGCGGGGGUAUGCAGGGACCAUCUCUUCAAGCCGCUCAGGCAUAUCUGAGCGAGAAGACCGGUGCAAUCUCGCCCGUGCCCGCUCCCGAGGAUUCAGCAGAUUUUGACUGGAGCGAUAUCAUCGGGAUGGAUAUUGGCGAAGCCAUGCGCCGCAAGGCUAUGCUGGAUUUCGGCUUGGAACUUUCGUCGAAUGAUGCGAUCGAGGCCAAGAUCCCCACGACCGAUGGGUUCCUAUUUGAAUGGCUCGAUCGUUUCAUCCGGUUGAUGGGUCUUCCCGAGAUGCGGUCGAUGGAUGGGUACGAUUUCACACUGCAAGGCGUCUACGGCAUUUGGAACGGACGUCCCGCGGCCCCGUCACGGAGCGCAUCAGCUGAACGAGAAGCCGGAUCGGACUCGUUCCUAUACUCCAAAGCGGUCGCAGCCAGAGCAGCGGCUUCGAGGGGUGGCAGGACGCCUGACAAUUCGAUGGAUCCGGAUUACAUCCGGGCGAUGGAAACGAUUAUCCGACAGCGACCCGACGAGUUCCUCGAUACCGUGUUGCCUGUCGAGACAUCGAGACGCACACACCGGAGGUUCAUGCUGGCCAUCUGUGGCGAGCUGACAGGAGCACGGCUCGAAGCAGAAAUCUCAAGGAUCUCGCAAACCCAGCUCACUAAGGCUGCUUGGAUAGCGCUCGUGAAUACUCAGCGAGACCGGGCGAUUCGUAUGCUCAAACAAAGCGAUAGCGAUACACAUCGGAUGUUGAGCUCGUUCCUGCAGCAAGGCCGGAUAGACCAGGCGGUAGCCAAAGAGCUCCGCUUGUCCGACCCGUACAUGCGCGCCAUGGUCAAUUAUCUCGCAGGCGGUGCCUCUUGGGAACUGACUAUCAACGACCGAGAUUUGCCUCUGCUUGAUCGGACUGUUCUCGCUAUCCGAUUUGUGAACGAUUCUGCGCUGUCAGCGUUUUUGGAGAAUCAGACAAAGAUCGCGCAACAACACGGCUCGCUGCAGGGCGUACCAUUGACCGGUCUCGGCGAAGCGGGUCUCGAAGUGAUAUCUCGAUAUGUGGAUAUUACCGGCGAUAUUCAAGUUGCCGCCAUCUUGGGGUCUACAACCCGAAGGCCGUCGGCUCAGGUCACUCGCUGGAUCGAGGACUAUCGCGACAUGCUUGACGGGUGGAAGUUAUACCGUGCCAGGGUCAUGUUUGACAUGAGCCGAGGUAAUAUCGCUCGAUGGUACGGUGACGAGAUCAGGACCCCGAAGCAAGUCGUCGUGAGGUGCAACUUCUGUCAGAAGAACAUCACUAGCGGCGGCGCGCGCGAACAAACUGUGCAGAGCAAGACUAGGACAAUGGGCUGUCCGACUUGUCACAAUCGAUUGCCUCGCUGUAUCGUGUGUCUACUGCAGAUUGACAUGGUACCACCUGAUGGGCCGGCACACCAUACCCUCGAGUCGGCGUUCGUCUUUUGCCAAACAUGUCAUCAUGGAGGACACUAUCAACACAUCAUGGAAUGGUUUUACGGUACGGGAGACGAGGCUGGGCCAAAUCCGCAUGACGUCUGCGCCGUUUCAGGUUGUAGCUGUCAUUGCGCAGCGUUGCGCUGAAAGAGAGGGAUAUGAUCAUAAUGAAGCACAUCACUAAAGUGAAAACGCUACGCAAAAUCGCUACAUAGGGGCUGAGAUCGUCAAAGGAGAGUAAGGAAUACGGCAUUAAUGUCCGUGAGGUGCUGCUCGAUGCGAUACCACCUCUUGAGGUAGUAAUCGCUCUCAGAGCUGGGGGAUGACGGAUCUCUUGCGUUUCUUCAUUUUGCAACUGUUAGAGUCCAAGGUAAGCGAUCAUGAUCACCAUCGUCCCGAGAAAGCUGACUUGCACGCCGGUAGAAUGAGCAGAAUUUCCAACAGAGGUAGUGGCCGGGUCCUUCGCA